UGUCCCUCCAGUUGGUCUCCAGGUUCUCUUAGUGGAUUAUUCGCAUGAGAUCUGAUACCUCAUGAAAGACUGUAAGGACAGUCCGGCAGUGCCGUGCCUUGGGAACAGUGAUAACCGACAAGCAAGUAACAAGAUGGCUUUACUGCACAAAGGGCUUUCUGAUUAAAUGGAUUGUCAGAAGAAGAAUAGGUCCCUAUCAGACAAGACUAUGGAUACAUUUUAUCCUCAUAAAGGACAUUUCCGAGAGAUGGAAGCUUCGGCUUCUCCCAUUGAUAGUGGAACAAGCCCUUUGACAUUUACUUUUGUACCUUCCAUUGGAACGCUUCCUUCGGAAGUAUUGCUGGCAAAAAAGUCAAUUUAUCCAAGUAAAAUUGUGGGUCAUAAAGGAACAUGGAUGCAAAAGCAUGAAGACAUCAAUGCAAAAUCGAUGUAUGAAUCACCUCAAACUAUUUUUAACACAAUUCACAAGCCAACAUAUCGGGGCAGUUUUCUACAGGAAGAAUUUGCUUUGAACACUCCAGAGAACACAAAACACAAUGACCUUUUCAUAGCAGAAUUUGUUGUUGUGAUGGACUCAGAUGAUGAUGAAAAUAGAAUAAUUGCCAGUAAACCUAAAAUUUUGCCCUUUGAGGAAGGAAAAUAUGAAUUUAGCAAAACAUUACAACAAUCAACAACAGGACAACCAAAAGAAACUGUGACCAUUGUAGAAGACUGUCGCAAUGAAGACUGUCACAAUGUGGAUGAUCAAAAGCCACAGCAAAUUUGUUCUAUGCCUUCUGUUGGCCUGGAAUCAUAUUCUCCUCAAUCAUCACAUUUUUCAUACCCAGAUAGAAAAACACAAGGAUAUAUAAGACAAAUCACUGCUUCUGUACCUGCAAAUAUAGAUAAGCCAAAGGCUGCAGUUAAAGACACAUUUCAUACUCCAUUGUCAUCACAGAAGUCUAAUUCAUUUAAUACUUUAAGUACCGAAUCUCAAAUGAUUUCAAAUACCAGAAGAUCUCUUUAUUCUCCAAGUCAUUUAGAAAUGUCAGAACAUAACACUUCAAAUAUCAGCCAAAACAGAAGGUCAAACGUCUUGUCCCCUCUUCCUAUACAGGUUAUAAAAUAUCCACUGUGCCAUACCCCGAGCCCAUUGAGCUCUCCAUUCUUUGGAUCUUCUUCAACAAUAUGUAGUAUGAAUGAAUGCACAUCACCAGUCCCAAAUUCCGGUGCUGUUUCCCCAGUUUCAUCUCGCCUUUCAUUUUUGACUUCCCUGCUAAAAUCGAAGAGAUCAUGUCCUAAAAGGACAAUUUCUCCUGAUCAACAUUAUAAGGCUGAGCCCAAGACAACUUCCAUUAUUUCUUCAUCAGAGGCACAUAGAAAAGCCAUAUCAUGCAUUUCACUUAACUAUCCAAGAGAGUCCAAAAUGUCACACUUUCAAAAAACUGCUGAAAUAAUGCCAUCAGCUUCAGAGUCUGAUAUUUUACAUGGCAAAUUCUCAUUCCACCAAAGCUCAAAUAAGAAACUUUCCACAGAUCCAGUUCACUUUCAGUCAUCUGAAAGUGCACUUCAUACUCAGAAAGGAUCAGUAUCACCAUCAUUUCACUUGCAUUGUAGGUCAGUUACACCACCUAACUCUAGCAGGGAAUAUAUAUCAUCCUACAGUGACAAACCACCAAUAAGUAGACCAUGUACACCCAUUAAAAAAUAUCCUGUUCUUGGUAAAUCCAAAAGGGUAACAUUGUUUCCCCCACCUUCACACUUUGAUCGAACAUUUCGUCACUUACCUGAUGAAAGGAAAAGUAAUAUGCCUUGUUUGAAAAGAUAUACAUCACCUAGGAGCCAUUUUAAAUCUACUACUCAUGCUUCAAAUGAGAAUUUACAUCCAAGCAAUGUUCUGCUUAGCUCCCCUAUGGAUAUGGGAAAACAUCAUGGUCUCCAUCAAGCUUAUUCAGCCCCACUACCCAAUGAAAAUAUGGAGACAGAUCAGGUCACUUACCAAUCCCUGCAUCCAAGCCUUUCAUGGAAGUCUUUUAGUUCAGAAGAAUUAUCAAGAAAACAUGUACCACUGUGUAUCACGACACAGCCCAGAUCAAUUUUGUCAAGAUCAUAUGAACUACAAUCCGGAAGCUCAUUGCCCCUGGUUUCUGAUCUUGAAAAUAAAAAGUUAUACAAAAUUAAGUCACGUUACAAAGCUUUUGCUGCAAUCCCUACAAAUACAUUACUUCUGGAUCAAAAGGCAUUCGAUGAACCUGUAGUAAGCAGAAGAAGUAAUGAAGCUGAGGAUAAAAGAGAUACACACACUGAGAUGUGUUCCCCUGCAUUGCUUAGACAACAAACUGAAGAAAUCUGUGCUGCCAUUGAUGAGGUGCUCCAUGACCCGAUGCCUCUGCACUGUAACCUUACAUCAAGAUCUCCAAAGCUAAAAUCUGAGAAGAAAUCUGCCCAUAAACCAAGGCCUCCAAUGAAAUCUGCCGGCCGAGAAACCAAAUAUGCCAGCCUCCAGUCUCUCAUAAAUAAAAAUGCUACAGAUCCUCAAAUGACAAGGCCAGGAGUUAUAAGACCAUUAUCAGCACAGGAAAAUAAUGACAGAAAACUUCAUCCAAACCUGUUCCAGCAAUAUUCCAUGCCUCCAUACAAAAGAGAAUAAGGAGGACCUCGGGUUAAAGGCAGAAUGGAAGAGAAGCCAUUUGAAUAGUACUAUGUGUUCCCUCGUAUUGCUCAGCUUAUCCAUGUGGAAAAAAGAUAUAUACUUUAGGCAGUGAACUAAUGUGGCUGCUGGCAAGCUACACAAGGGACAACUACCCAGAACAUUAUGGGUGGUAAGAGAUGAGAAGGAAGUCUCAAUCUAUUGGUCAAACUGAAACUGAAUUUUAUAGGAGGCAGAUGGGCUCAGGAUGUAUGGACAAACCCUGGGCUCUCUCCUGCACAUAGCAUUAGCUAAGUCCCAACCCUAUUUCAUGUGUUCUAUCUUGGUCUGUCUGCUACUAGAGAUGGAAUUCCCCUAACAUCAGGCAAAGGAUAGCAAUUUGAAGGGAAAUGAGACAUCAAGUGGCAAAUACUUUGGAACUUUUUUUUUCCUGCGUUAUAAUUUUUGUAAAUGUAAAAAAAAAUAGGAAAAAAGGGGGGGGGGGGAAGGAUGCCAAAAAUUGGUACAAACAAUGAAUCUAUAGAAAUGAAAAAGCAAAAAUAGUGCACAUAGUUAUUUCAUAUUACAUAUAACAUAAAUGUAUUGGCUAUGCAUAAAACAAAAGGAGUUAAUACAAAUACUGGCUUUGGUUAGAAUAUGCUUCAAGAACAGCAGCAACCACUAUGUAAUUUAUAACCUCCCAUUCAAUAGCAUUUCAUAGUAGGCUACCUAGUUAAUAUCUCAGCUUAAAAGGGUACUCUGCCUAAAAACAUCUUAUCCCUUACCCAAAGGAUAGGGGAUAUGAUGUCUGAUAGUGGGGGUCCCGACACUGAGGACCCCUGCGAUCUCAGGCGCGGCACCCCAGUCAGAGUGUACAGAGAGAACUCCGCUCUGUGCUGGAUGACUGGUGACUACAGCCGUAACGCCCCCUCCAUUCACGUCUAUAAGAGGAGACG